AUGCUGAAAGAUGAUAAGGAGUCGAUAUUUUCGACGGUAACAGCUCGCGAUGCGGUAAAUAUAGAUGACCUGGGGAAGGUCAGUGAUGAACAUCUAGUGGCCAAAGUUCGACCCUCUAUGAAGUACGUGGAGACGGUAAGAGAACACAAGAUCCGUGAGAGCCCUGGGAUGAGUACAAUAGACAAGUUGGGCGAUAUGAUUGGAGAUUUCGUGGAAAGCCUAUACUGGAUGUACUAUAUUCAUCUACCAUACUAUCUGAUGACUUCGUUCGACUCCUUCUGCCUGCAUGCAUUUUUCCUAACGAUAUUCAGUCUAGGUUUCUUUGGAAUAAUCAAGUAUCUCUUACUAUGA